AUGCUACUUCGCAUAACGUACGACGAAGAUGUAAAGUUGUGCGCCGUCCUCGACAAGCACGAGGUGAGCGCGUAUUUUGUCGAGGAAUGGGGCAUCUCACAGGGCAGUAAAUUCGAUUUUUUGCGUGCGGUCUGCGGCAGUAUGGUGACUUCGUUUACAAAGCAGCGGGAUGUCCUCGACACGUUGACACAGCGCAUGGCGCAUGCAUAA